AUUUAUUUUGUGAAUUGAGAUUCGUGACACGAAAUCAGUAUAUAAAAUUGAGUUUCACCUAUCGCAAGCAUAAGUGGAGAAACGGUUGACAAGUGAAAAAUGUUUGAAGCAAAACCACAACUGCCUUUUAAUAAAACUAAUAUAAAAACCCGCAGCUAUGUGAUUAACAAUCGUGAUGAUAUAAAAUAAUCGGGUGUUUUAUUGUAUGGCUAAAAUAGUAGAUAACGGUCGCUGUAUCUGCAUGUAUAUCACUCAGCCGGUGCGGUUGUGUUGGGAGAUAUCUAUAUUUCACCUCGAGUCAGACUCAAAGCGAUCGCGUCCACCGUAGAGUCAACACGACGAACAGUUGUAUUAUUGACCUGUGCCAUAAUAAAACGAUUGCAGUUACGAACAUUAACCUCAUGACGUGUGACAGAGUUGAAUAGACUCGAAAAACGUGUUGUGAAAGUGAUUAAUAAAUUAUUAUGACAGUGCCGCCUAGCCCACAAAAUUUAGUUGGAGUAACAACGGAAAGCAGAGCCAUGCACGACAACCCGAAACUCGCGUCCUUCUCCAUCCUGGACUGGUGCAAUGACAACUGGAGGAAAAUCCUGGCAGAACUUAUUGCUACAAUAAUGCUUGUUCUAUUUGGAUGUAUGGCUUGUAUACCCGUCAGUGGAAUAGAUACAACGUUGUAUGGCCCGUUUGCUUUCGGUUUCGUAGUCAUGAUCAACAUCCAAAUUUUUGGACAUAUAUCUGGAGCAUUUAUGAACCCAGCAGUAACAUUAGCAUCUGUCAUCUGGGGAAACACUUCUAUAGCAUUGGGGGCUAUUCAUACGGUAGUUCAAUGCAUCGGAGCUAUUUUAGGCUACGGUAUUUUGGUGGGAGUCUCUUCGUUCGACUUAUCGCAAGGGGGUGUAUGCGUAACAAGACCUUAUCCAGGACAAAAUGAAUUUCAAUCUUUGGGUAUUGAAAUAGCUAUAACGGCAGCCCUUGCUUUGAUAUGUUGUGGUAUUUGGGACCCUGCAAAUCAACUCAAACAAGACAGCACUCCAAUAAAGUUCGGUUUGACUAUUGCUGGGUUGUCUUUCGUAGGGGGGCCCCUAACUGGUGCUAGCAUGAACCCCGCUAGGAGUCUGGGACCAGCCGUCUGGACGGACCACUGGGACGGACACUGGGUGUACUGGGUUGGUCCACUAGUAGGCAGUGGCGUGUCAACACUUAUUUAUAAAUAUGUAUUUAUUAAGAAACGAGCGACAAAUUAACUUCUCGACAUAAAUUAAAUUUAGUUGUGGUGUACUUAAAUGUUAUGUAAAUUUGUAUUUUUAUCA